AUUGUCAAAAUUGUCAAAUCGUAUUGUGUGUACUAAAACUGUCACAACAAAUACCGACGAUUUUCUUUUAAUAAUUUUAUCAAAACACAAUUUUUUACUAUGCUUACAUUAUGGAAUUUGUUCGAAGCAUCCCUGCUUUGCUUGAAUGCAGUUUGUGUGUUACACGAAGAAAGAUUUAUGCAGAAAAUGGGAUGGGGAUCCAACAAUCCAAACCAAGGAUUUGAAGACCAGUCCACAGUGAAGUUCCAAAUUUUAAACUUGGUUAGAUCUAUCAGAACAGUCACAAGGAUUCCACUAAUCAUAUUGAAUAUACUCACAAUAAUUUUUAAGUUAUUAUUGGGAUAGAAGAAGGAGACAACACUAAUUUUAGACUCUCAAGAAGAAAAAUCCUACAUCAGCAAAAUGCAAUAAGACAGAGAAGACUGCUAAAAGAUAUCUUCAUCCAGAAUAAGCCUUUGCUGAAGAUGUUAAACCUCCUUUGUAUAAGUGGAACCAUAAUGUAAUAAAGUACUCAUUUGCAUUUUCUGUGUUAACUUCUCAUAAUUAUUUUAUAUACUUACUAAGUAUUUAUAGUAUUUGUGAUCUAUAUUUUAUGUCUUAAUGAGUGAACAACUUGUAUAUCUACUACAACUACCAUUUUCCAUUUUGUAACAUAAACAGUAAAUAAAUACAAUUGUUUAAGUGACUA